AUGCCUGGGCAUCUGGAGGUUGGUCCCCAUUUGAACUCCUGUCCUGGUGUACACCAAUGUGAUCUCUUCUGCGAGCCAUCGAGGCCGAAUGGAAUGACAUGCAAGCUAUCCAUCCAUGCCAACGCACAGUUGCAUGUCACGGUGCCUGCUCCAGGUCAUGGACAAGAUGUCGGGGUCUCGCCGUUGCUCCACGGUCUCCUGGCGGUGGUCAGAAUCCGAGUCCUCUUCCUAUUGGGGUCCGAGAGUUCAAAGGUGAUCGAUGGUUGCACGGCCAGGCUUCCUGUUCAGCUUGGACGAGCUCAUAGUUGGUGCGCGCAAUGGCUUGAAGCAGCGACGGACAGUCGCCCUCUGCGGCCUGGUGUGGCCUUGAAGCUGACAGGAGGCGCAAGGCGUUUUUACACCAACAGUAGAUGGCCGUUAGUCGGGAAAGGCCACUGUCAAAUGGAUCUCACAGACCUCGUUCUGCUGGUGAGAGGUAUACCGGCCCCGAGAAGCUCGACAAAGGAGGUGCAUCUCCGUGGCCUUGAUGCAGCAUCGCAUGAAGCUGCAUAUCAUGGCUUGACGCCAGCACCAUCGAGGCAGGCAACGACGUGCGCUGCUGCAUGCGGUGGAAAGGUUGAUGUGGGAGUUCUUCCGAAGAUUGCCGCUGUCAAGCGCUGUGCAAGUGGUGUAUAA